GUGAGUAUCCGAUCACAGAAACAAAUAUGAUUGCAAAGGUCACCCUUUUGUGCGCUGCUUUUGCAGCCGCUUGCGCCAAUCCUAUUCUGACAACUGCCAUCGUUAACACUGGUGUCAGCACUAGCGCCAGACAACAAGACGGUCUUGGAAACUAUGCUUUCAACUACGGCAUUGUAGAUGGUUUGGGUGCCACCAAUUCCAGGGCUGAAAUCGGAGAUGCCGCCGGUAACAAGAAGGGAGCUUACACCCUCACCGAUAUCGAUGGUCGAGCCAGAAGAGUCGAUUACGUAGCUGAUUCUUUGGGUUUCAGGGCAUCCGUUAAGACAAAUGAACCUGGAACCGCCCUUAGCGCCCCUGCUUCUGCUGCCGUAGUUAGCCCAUACGCAGCACCUGUCGCCCCAGCAGUGCCAGCAGUGGCUGCUGCCCCUGUUGUUGCCUCUCCAGCUGUAGCUGCUGCUCCUGUGCUCGCAGCUGCCCCAGCUUUGGCUGCUGCUCCUCUUCUUGCCGCUGUCCCAAACACCAUCUCCUCUUACAGCACUGUUAUUGGACACGGAGCAGCUCUUGGACUUCCUCUUGGAGCUGGACUUCUUGCACCUGGAAUUGGAAAGGCUCUCAUCUUAUAAAUUAUGAAUAUUUUAAAAACAACAAAAUUCUUUGAAGAUCUUCUAGAACGAAGAAGAAUAUUGAAGUAAUUUUGUUAUUGGAGAAAGAAAAAGGUUGGAAAACAAAUUGUGACAA